CGAAACAAAAUUUAUAUUUCUAAGAAUUGCCAUUCUUGAUUUGUUUCUAAAUAAAUUUCGAAUAAUAUGUAUAAUAGUUUAUUAUCGGAUAAAUUUUAGAUAUUGAAUUAGCAUGCGAUCAAAUUCGAUGAUGAUGGAAGAAAUCGGAGACUGCAUAAUUCAAGAAAAUGAUAUUUUCAAGGAGAGAAAUUCGCAGGAUGAGGAAGAUCCGGAAGAAUAUUUUAAAGAGGGAAAUUGUUCGGAAAUUAUCGAUGAACAAUACUUGAAAACAAAAUCUAAAAUACCUAUCGAAGAAGUAAAUUAUGAUGAAAUUAAAAAGAUUAUGGAAGAAAAAGGAAUUUUGAAACAUUUACAAAACGUGAGUAGAAAACUCCACCAGGAAGCUUUAGAAGUUAUAGAAGCGGAGAGCCAUAAAGUAAUGGAAGAAACUUUGUUAGAAAUGAUUGAUAGAGCAAAUAAGGCUAAAGCGCACAUUAUAGAGGAAACACUGAAGCAAAUUACAUCUCGGCACAAUGAUUACAUUCGGAAUCUAAAGAAGCAACAGAAAAAAGAACUACAGGAAGAAGUUGCAAAAGUAGAAAUUCAGAAAAGAUACGAAUUAGAAGUGAGAAUGGAAGAAGAGAGACGUUCUUCGGAGCAACGAAUGAGAUUGGCAAUGAAAGAAGCUCAAGAACAUUUUCGAGAUCACUUAAAAAUGGCAGUUCAGGAAGUGCAGGAAGAAGAAAGAAGAAUUGCGGAAGAAACUUAUGGGAAGAUGAAGAGAGAUUUUGAAGAAAAAUUAAGAAAAUUAAACCAGGCGUUAGCGGAAGACAAACAGAAAUCGCUUGCCAACUUACAAGCAAAAUUAGAAAAUGAAGCGGAAGAAACGUUAGAACUGUGCAAGAAGAAGUGGGAGAUUCAUUUGAUAACUCAGAUGAAAGAGCAAAAGGAAAAAUACGAAGAAGUUAUUAUUAAAUUAGAUUUCAGAUUAAAAGAAUUGAGUACUGAAGUACAGGAAUUAUCACAACAAUUAAGAGAAAACCUUUUAAAAAAAUCAGAAGCCGAGGCCGAGGUGACAAAAAUAAGAGCUCAAUUAGGACAAUUUAUCAAAUUGGCAAACAUAACAGAAACCGAUUCCGCAUGCAAAACUCGUCAAUCUUAAAUCUAAUUCAAAUUUUAACUUCAAUUGAAUCCAUUUUGUAUAAAAUUAAUGAAAUAAUUAAAAUUUUCGUUUUCAUAAUAACA